UCUUCUUCAUCCUCAUCCUCUUCAUCCUCAUCCUCUUCAUCCUCAUCCUCUUCAUCCUCAUCCUCUUCAUCCUCAUCCUCUUCAUCCUCAUCCUCUUCAUCCUCAUCCUCUUCAUCCUCUUCAUCCUCAUCCUCUUCAUCCUCAUCCUCUUCAUUCUCAUCAUCCUCUUCUUCUUUUCCUUCUUUUUGUCUUCCUCUUGCAGGUCACUGCUCAUGCGCAGAUUUUUUAUCGUGGGCUAUUUGGUCGGCCAUUUUUCGGUAUUUUGUCAGAUUUUUUUUUCCGGUAAAGUUGGAAAAAAAAAUCGGCCGAUUUUGCCGAUUGGCUGAUUUUCGCGGCAAUGAUGGGCAAAUCGGCCGAUUUUUUACC